CUCCCCUUGAUGUUCAAUUAUCAAAGCCCCAACGGGCGUCUGCGACUCUGCUCCUCCUACUUUUCUCUUCGUUUUUUCUGACCAAACAGGGAACCCUAGAGAAGGGCCAUUGAGUACCGCGGCUAUCUCUGUCUCGUGCUUUCGCCAGAGAAAUUGUUAGCAGUUACUGCAUCGCCGGUCGUCCUCAGAUUCACCGACUCGUCGUAUAUAUCUUCGGUCAGCGUCACCGUUCCAUCAAGUGGAGGGCUAGCAAAAAGACAUGACGACAGCAGCACGACCCACAUGGGCACCUGCAAAAGGUGGUCACGAGCAAGGAGGUACUCGAAUUUUUGGCCCCUCCCAGAAAUAUUCUUCAAGAGAUAUUGCAUCUCACACGACUCUGAAGCCCAGGAGAGAAGGGCAGAAUACUCAAGAUGAGUUGCAGAAACGGAACCUUCGGGAGGAGCUAGAAGACAGUGAGCGGAGGCAUUUUUCCUCAAAAGAGGACAGAGACCGGAGGAAGGGAGGUCACCUUCUCUUGGAAGGAACAAAGAGAGAUGCUGAAGAUCGCAUUGUUCCACGCAGUGUGGAUGCUGAUGAUUCAGAUGUUGAUGUUAAAAGUGAUGAUGGAAGUGAUGAUAAUGAUGACGAUGACGAAGAUGACACAGAAGCUCUUCUGGCCGAGCUUGAACGAAUAAAGAAAGAAAGAGCUGAGGAGAAUCUUCGAAAGGAACGGCAAAAGCAGGAAGAGGAUCUGAAGGUCAAAGAAGCAGAACUCCUCCGUGGAAAUCCUCUACUCAACAAUCCAACUUCCUUCAAUGUCAAAAGGAGGUGGGAUGAUGAUGUGGUUUUUAAGAACCAAAGUCGUGGUGAAACCAAGACUCCGAAGCGUUUCAUCAAUGAUACCAUUAGAAAUGACUUCCAUCGGAAAUUUCUUCAGAAAUACAUGAAGUGAUUCAAGCGUUCUUAUUCUGGGAUUACAACCAUUGUACUUACAAAUGUGAUUACUAAAUGUAAUAGAAGCAUAUUUAAUUUUUCUUGAGAUUUGGCUGAUUAUCUAUACUAGGUGAUACUCAUUUAUUUGUGAUCACUAUAGAUGGUAAUAGUUUGUCGUUGUUAUACAUCUAUAACAUGAUGUUGAAUUGAUCGUUGAAGUUACA